CCGUUGAAGGUUGAUGUGGUUACUACGAAGAGAGUUGUACGUUCAGGCGAAGAAGUUUCUUUGAACUGUAGUAUGUCAACUGCACCAAAAUCUGUGAUAUGGGUGAAAGAUCAAAGGAGGAUUGUACCUGAUCAUAGAAUUCGCCGUGUCAGCCCAACGCAUUUAAAGAUCUUAGUAUUUCAACGAGAGGACAGUGGUUUAUAUCAGUGCUAUGUUUAUAAUGAUUGGGAGUCAUCUCAAGCUCACGUUCAACUUGAUUUAAAAGAGGAAAUGCCAACGUUUAUUCGAGUUUUUCCGGACCAAAUUCACAUGCCUGGACAAAUGAUAUCAUUGCAUUGUUCCGCCAGUGGAUCCCCCAUUCCUCAGAUAUUAUGGUUCCUUGACGGUGAACAGUUAUCAGAAUCCCGGCGAGUAAAAACUGGUGAUUAUGUGCACAUGGAUGGCUCAGUUAUCAGUUACGUAAAUAUUACAGACUUGGCCGUCUCAGAUGGAGGACUAUAUGGAUGUGAAGCGCAGAAUGAUGUCGGUCUCCUCAGCCAUUCUGCUAGAAUAGAUGUUUUUGGUUCACCGUAUAUUAGACCAAUGGGAAAUUUAACCGUAGUGGCAGGCACUACAGUAUCAAUCCGAUGCCCUGUAUCGGGAUAUCCUAUUGACAGAACCUACAUUGAGAAAAGUGGAAGUAAACUACCAUAUGGUGAUCGUCAAACAGUAGACCAAAGAGGGGUCGUUCGUAUUCAUAACGUUCGAAAGGAAGAUGAGGGCAUUUAUCGAUGCAUAGCUACUAAUGGAAGAGGAGAGAAAGCUGAACGGCCGUUAGUACUGAAAGUUGUCACCGCCCCACUCAUCAGUCCAUUCAGCUUUUCUGAAAGUCUUGAAGAAGGGAUGAGAAGUUCUAUCAUCUGUUCCGUAAUAGCUGGCGAUCCGCCCAUCUCCCUCACGUGGUACAGAAACAGCCGUCUUCUAAAGGAAACAUCUCCAGAUAUACAGAUCGUGCCUAUUACGGAUUUCGUUUCCUCCCUCAUCAUUAAUCAUGUGUCACGACACCAUAGCGGCAACUACACGUGUUUUGCCUCCAACAGUGCUGCUGCCACAAAUUACACUGCAACCAUGAUCGUAAAAGCGCCACCAGUUUGGGUGAUUAAGCCAAGCGAUCAAUCAGCCUUAGAAGGGAUGUCUGUCACCUUUGAUUGCCAGGCUGAAGGCCAACCAAGACCAGUUGUACGAUGGAAAUUCGGAAAAGAGGAUGGUUCUCUUCAAAGUAUUUUAAGCAGUUCCCACAUCCACGUAUUGGAAAAUGGUUCUCUGACUAUAACUGUUGCUCAAAAAGGGGAUGCUGGUUACUACAUGUGUGAAACAAGCAACGAUGUUGGUGAACCAUUGAGAUAUUCCGUUCGUUUAGCUGUACAUUCUGCUCCUCAAAUCCAAACAUCAACACAGGUGGUGCAUGUAAGAAAAUCUGAAGAAGCACGAUUUUCUUGUUCAGCCUCCGGAGAUCCCCCAUUGAAUAUUGUUUGGAGUCGCGAGGGAUUUCCAUUAAGUUUAUAUCCAGAAAACAGAUACAUCACUCGAGAAAGCGAUGGUAGAGGUGCCAAAAUUUCAGAAGUAAUCAUAAAAUCCAGCCAACGAAAGGAUUCGGACGUAUUUACGUGCUCUGCAUCAAAUCCUUUCGGGGAAGAUAAAACAACUGUAAGAUUAGUUGUACAAGAGCCACCAGAUCCACCACAAGAUCUCAAACCAUUAGAAGUAACCAGUAAUUCCAUUAGUUUAUCAUGGACACCAGGACACCCAGGGAAUAAUCCAAUCACAUCUUAUAUCAUCACGUAUCGACCAGACAUAGAUAAAUGGCCUGAUGAAAGAUCAAAGAGAGUUGUAGUGUCAAGUGCGGACACGAGUGCAACAAUAGCUAGUCUGAGACCUGUCACGACUUAUCACAUUUAUGUUAAUGCUAGAAACGGCAUUGGACAAAGCCUACCAAGUUCUGAACUCUCAGUAACAACAAACGCAGAAGCUCCUAGAACACCACCAAGGCAUGUUAAAGCUAUUCCUCUGGACUCUUCAUCUAUUCGAAUAUCAUGGCAGCAGCAGCCUUCUUUCAUGGAGCAAGUCAGUUACGUCGAUGGCUACUACGUUGGUUUCCGAGAACUACCAGGAGGUGGUCCGUACGUUUACAAAACUGUUAACAACAAGCAUGGUCAGUCAGAUGCCAACUACACACUUGUUGGUCUCAAAAGAGGUACUCAGUACAGCAUAGUCGUACAAGCUUUUAACAGCCAAGGAGCUGGACCACCAUCAGACGAAGUCAUCGUUCAAACUUCAACAAUAGACCCACCAGACGCUCCUAUUGUAAGAUUCACAGACACUACAGCUACCUCAGUGAAUUUAAAUUGGGAAGCAAAAUCCACUAAUGAAAGACCAAUUUCUGGUUUUAUUCUAACAUAUAAAGGGAGUUCGGGUCAGUGGCAUGAAACUAGACUUCCAGCUUCUAGACAAAGUUUUGUGUUAGAAAAUUUGCAAUGUGGCACAUCAUAUCAAAUUGUAUUAACAGCUUAUAACAGUGUUGGCCACGGGGAACCAAGUGAAAUGCAACAAGUUGUGACAAAUGGUAGAGCUCCAGUGGCUCCUGAAAAGAACGAUUUCCUCCGUAGCAACACGACAUCAGUGCAACUCAAUUUGAAAAACUGGAUGGAUGAUGGCUGUCCAAUAUCUCAUCUCGUUAUCCAAUACAAACCACAGGGGCAGAAGGAAUGGAUACUUGUCUCAAAUCACAUCUUAACAGAUCAAGAGAUGCUGAUGAUAGCUGAUCUCAGUCCAGGAACAUGGCAUGAUUUACUGGUCACUGCUCAUAGUGAUGCUGGGACAACUGAUGCAGAAUAUAGAUUUGCCACAUUAACACUUACUGGAGCAACUGUGCCUCCACUAAGUGUCACCCGCCAUCAUCACUUCUUUGAAGAUCCCACUAUAUUGGUUCCUAUUGUGUGUGCGGUUGUGGUUCUCAUUGUGAUCAUCAGCGUAACGGCCUUUGUGGUCGUCUGGAAGAGAAGAGAUCCUGCAGGGGAAGCACCCUCCGACAUUUAUUCACGGGGAUCCGGAGGUAGAGCUGACGAUAUUUCCAUGAGCUCCUACGGUAAGGCAAAGGGUAAUUCCGUCUAUGACUCCCAAAGAGAACCACUGUAUUAUCCUCUGCCUUACGCCACCACACACAUUCCGAACCACCACGUUCCAGAACAGAUAACAGAAUCUCCAGAACAGAGUCUUCAAAGAAGUCGCGGUGGAGGUCGCAUGUCAGAGCAUACUUACGACAUACCACAACGAGUCCAGCUUCAUCACAACGUGCCUCUUCAUCAAUAUUCCCAGCUCUGGGCUAAUUCCAGAGGUUUUGCCGAGAAAUCUUCAUUGAUGGUACCGAGAGGGGAAAUCGAAGAUUUCGAUGUAGCAAUAGCAAUGGCAGAAAAGUAUGCAGCUUUCAGAUUAAGCCAAACACGGGCCUACGAGGCCAUCUUGAUGGAAUCGUCGGGUUGGAGUCUGGUAGUUACUCAGUUGUCACCAAAUACGGGGAUACCCAGAUGGUUGAGUACUAAUGAUUCAGAAAAUAUGACAGAAUUUCACGAAGGAAUAUGUGAUAAUAUGGUGGAAUAUGAUGAUGGCUCAUUAGAUGAAGAACUAUCAGAAACAGAAUGUGACAGAGAUUGCAAUAGCUUAAGAAGACAGCGCAAAUAUAUUGCAAGAAGUUAUAGCAGAGUAGGAGCAGUCAUCGCCUGCUGAAACUGCGAUAAAAACAUUUAUCCUGAAAAUUUGAAAAUGUUGCAUUGAAGCUUACAGAUUAAGUACCAUUGUCAUUGCUACAUUGUAAUAAACUGAGUGCAAUUUUUUAAGAAAAUAGUAAUUUUUCAUAUAGUAACCAAUUAUUGUUUUUGUGCAAGACAAUUUUGUACAAAAAUUAUUUGGUCUGAAUGAUCCAUAGAGUUGAUUAAUGAUAUUUUACAAACAUUAAUGAUGCCUAUUGCUGCGUACACAUCGAAAACAUAGUAAAAUCAUUAACGUAGCAAUUUCAUUUGGUCAAAAAUAUAUAAAAUAACUAACCAUUUGAAAAAAAAGAGCCUUAAUAGUUCUGUUAUUCUUUUAAAUGUUCCUAAACCCUAUUUAUUUGGAGUAUUAAAUGCGCUGAAAUAAAUUCAGAUUCUCGCAUUCCUUACAAGUAUGUAAAAUUAUUUUAUUUAUCCUUACCAUGAGCAAUUAUUUUAUUUAUCCUUGCUUUUAGCAAUUAUUUUAUUUAUCCUUGCUAUAUGCCUUUUACGAUCUGAUGCAUAAUUACUUAACAUGAAAAACAACUGCGAAAAAAGUUGUAAUGUUACUUUUUACCAUAAUUUGAACUCGAAUUGUGUCAGUGUACAUUUACAAAAAUGAUGUCUGAUCUUAAAUAUUAAUUCUUUGUCUUCACAAAAUAUAUCGUUAACUUGUAGACAAAUCUCGCAUUGCUUUAACAAAUUAAAGUAAAACUUUGAAUUAAAGUCCUUUUAAUGCAAAUUUCUUAGCCUCGAAAAUCUUAAUUUAAUUAUGUAGAUUAUUUGAAUUAAAAAAGAGUAGUUUAAAGACAACACACGAAAUGCUCAAUUUAAAAAGCUACAUUUGGUUCAUGAAAAUGAUGUUGUGAUUCAAUUUUAAAAUUGCACUCACUUUGAACAACAUUGCUUAAUAUCGUCCAAAUCGAUUGAAGUAUAUGUCAAGUCUUUCAGUAUCGGAGGUAUUAUUCCUCAUAUCUUCCAGACUUUGUUGAGAAUUUAUUAUCUCUUGAAGAGCUUUUAUCAAUUUUUGAAAAAAAUUCUUUUAUAUCGUGUUAAAAACACAUGAUAUAUGUACAGACCAAAAUGUUAUGUAUAAUUAAAUAUGCAUUGUAAAUAUAAUCAUGUUGAAUUCUAUAAAAUGUUCUUUAAAAAUAUAUGUAUCAAAAUAUCGUUCUGCAUAUUUAAAUAAAUUCAUUUCGAACAAUUA